AUGCCUACUGAAGGCCUCCUCUACGUGACAAUGCAGCCCAAGGGCUUGUCCGACACUCAAUUCCACGAUUGGUACAAUAACGAACACGGUCCACUGCGCCUACGUCUCCCCUUUGUAACCAAUGGCUUCCGCUACCGUGCAAAGGACGGCGAGAAACCAGAGUACCUGGCUUUGUAUGAUAUCACUGACAUGGACGAGUUGACCCGCAAGACCUACCUGGAUUUGCGAACAGAUCUGAUCAAGACAGAGCGUGAGAAGAAGACAAUGGCCCAGAUCGAUGUCGGUAGACUUCUGUACGAUCUGGUAGAGGAGCGCAAAGUGCCCGGUUUCGUCCCGCUGGAGAACCGAGCCGACACCGAUGAUUCCGAGACCCGUGGGAACGUCUUGGUCGCCGUGACCACUGCCUCCCACCCGGACCCCGAGAAGCAGGCCGAACUUGAGCGCUGGUAUCGCGAGGAACACUUUGAGAUGCUCUCCCGUGUACCGGGCUGGCGUCGCAGUCGUCUUUUCAAAACUGCUGCUAUCGACUCGGCCGCCCCGCAGGAGAUCAUCGCCCUGUACGAGUAUGCUGCUGUGAACGGACUAGGUGGCGAGCUCCACCAGGCAGCCAUGAACACUCCCUGGCGCCAACGCCUACAGACAGAAGUAGUCACCUCUAAGAAGCGUCGUGUCUACGAAUGGUUCUACACAUUUGGCCCUGCCCCGCGUGAGUUGAGCUCGAUUGCCAAGUCGGAUGUUAUUGGACCCUGGUCGUCCAACGAUGGCAAAACUCGCACUUUCCCUUCACCUACCCGCCCUGCUGUGGAGUCUUUUGUAACAACCGCAGAUGGCGUUGAGAUUCCCUAUCGAUUGGAAGGUAGCACUGAUCCCUACGCCCCGGUGGUUGUGCUCAGCAACUGCAUCUUGGCCGACUGGAAGAUCUGGGACCGCUUCGUUGAUGCUUUCUUUGCUCGCAAGCAGAACCAGCGCUACCGUGUCUUGCGCUACUUGACGCGUGGCCGUCGCUCUCAGAGUGGUGAACAGGCCGUGACAAUCGACGUGCUCGCCUCAGACGUGAAUGCCUUACUCGAGGCCCUUCGCGUGCCACCCAAGGCCGCCCGUCUGAUCGGAGUUAGCUUGGGAGGUGUGACCGUGCUCAACACAUCGCUCCUAUACCCCGAGCGCAUCGCUGCCUUUAUCGCCUGCGACACCAACUCAUCCGCACCAGAGUCCAAUCGCAAGGCAUGGGGUGACCGAGUCGCCAUGUCAGAGAAGGAGGGCGCUGUCGACGCCGAAACCAAGGAACCAAUCGUUGGUGAGGAGCUUGCCGAGAUCACUACUCGACGCUGGUUCGUACCAGAGUCGUACGAGACCCAACCCGAGGUGCUGGAUGCUGUUAAGCAGGCUGUGAUCAACAAUAGCUUGAAGGGCUUCGCACACAGUGUGAAUGCUCUGUGUGCCUAUGACAUCCGUGACCGAAUGGCUAACGCUACUGUGCCUGGCCUCUUUGUUGCUGGUGCCAACGAUGGUGUCCUUCCUCAAACUAUGCAGAAGAUGGCGGCUGAUCUUAAGGGUGGUGCUGAGCUUAAGAUUAUUGAACGUGCUGGUCACUUGCCCAUGGUUGAGCAGCCUGAGGCCUUUGCUGAUGUCGUCACCGAGUACCUGGGCAAGAUUGAUAGAUGA